AAAAUCCCAAACCUCUCCCUGCUGCCGAACCUUUACUUUCUUCAUAUCCGAGUUUCCCUUCCUGUUCUCUUCUUUCACAGUGAACCCUAGCUCUGAAACCCUAGCCUUUUCAACACGCCUCACGGUCAUCGCCCUCCGACAUCCGAAGUAACGGCCAUCUCUCUUCGGGAGGCUUCAGUCUGAAGAAAAAGUUUUUGAAGGCCAAAUUUACAUCAUUUGUUCUGAAGACGAACAGAGGCUGCUUCCCAGCAAGGAAUGCAUGCUUGCAUGACCUUUUGACAUUUCUGCAAUGUCGGGGUUACUCAAUUCUUCUCUCAAUGGAUCAACUUCAAACCUUCAAGAUAGCAAUGGGAGAUCUUUUGCGACAUCUUUUUCAGCUCAAUCUGGUGCAGCAUCUCCUGUUUUUCAUCACAGUGGAAGUAUUCAAGGCUUACACAAUAUUCAUGGGAGCUUUAACGUUCCCAACAUGCCUGGAACACUUGCAUCAAGAAACUCAACAAUAAACAGCGUUCCUUCUGGUGGGGUUCAACAACCUACUGGAAACCUUUCCAGUGGACGAUAUGCAUCAAAUAGUCUUCCUGUCGCACUUUCUCAGAUAUCUCAUGGGAGCUCACAUGGACAUUCAGGAGUCGCAAAUAGAGGAGGUAUAAGUGUUGUAGGAAGCCCUGGAUAUAGUAGUAGCACCAAUGGAGUUGGUGGUUCUAUUCCUGGAAUUCUCCCUACCUCUGCAGCAAUUGCUAACCGGAGUGCUGUCCCAGGACUGGGAGUAUCUCCAAUAUUGGGAAAUGCAGGUCCUCGGAUUACGAGUUCAAUGGGAAACAUAGUUGGUGGAGGCAACAUUGGGAGGAGCAUUAGCUCUGGUGGAGGAUUAUCUGUGCCCGGUAUUGCUUCUCGCUUAAAUUUAGCUGCAAAUAGUGGUUCGGGAAGUUUAAAUGUCCAAGGACCGAAUAGAUUAAUGAGUGGUGUGCUUCAGCAAGCAUCUCCACAGGUGAUUUCUAUGCUAGGAAAUUCCUAUCCUUCUGCUGGAGGUCCAUUAUCUCAAGGCCAUGUCCAAACAGUCAAUAAUCUGAGCUCGAUGGGGAUGUUGAAUGAUGUGAACUCCAAUGAAAAUUCCCCCUUUGAUAUUAAUGAUUUCCCUCAGUUGACAAGUCGACCUAGUUCUUCUGGAGGACCUCAAGGACAAUUGGGUUCCCUGAGAAAACAAGGUCUUGGAGUUAGUCCUAUUGUUCAACAGAACCAAGAGUUCAGCAUCCAAAAUGAGGAUUUUCCAGCUUUACCGGGAUUUAAAGGUGGUAAUGCUGAUUAUGCUAUGGAUUUGCACCAGAAAGAACAAUUUCAUGACAAUACUGUAUCUAUGAUGCAAUCUCAGCACUUCUCUAUGGGAAGAUCUGCUGGGUUCAACUUGGGGGGAUCAUACUCCUCUCAUCGUCCACAGCAACAACAGCAACAUGCUCCUGCAGUCAGUAGUGGUGGUGUCUCCUUUUCACCAGUAAACAAUCAGGAUCUCCUUCAUUUGCAUGGCUCAGAUAUCUUCCCAUCUUCUCACUCAACCUAUCACUCACAGACAAGUGGACCUCCCGGUAUUGGAUUAAGACCUCUAAAUUCUCCAAAUACUGUUUCUGGUAUGGGGUCAUAUGACCAGCUUAUCCAGCAAUAUCAACAACACCAGAACCAGUCCCAAUUUCGCUUGCAACAAAUGUCAGCUGUUAGUCAGGCAUUUAGGGAUCAGGGCAUGAAGUCGAUGCAGGCUACACAAGCUGCUCCGGAUCCAUUUGGUUUGCUUGGCUUGUUAAGUGUAAUAAGGAUGAGUGACCCUGAUUUGACAUCUCUUGCCCUUGGAAUUGAUCUAACAACACUUGGGUUGAACUUGAACUCGGCCGAAAAUCUUCACAAGACUUUUGGUUCCCCGUGGUCUGACGAGCCAGCCAAAGGAGAUCCAGAGUUCAGCGUGCCUCAGUGUUAUUAUGCUAAACAACCACCUGCUCUACAUCAAGGUUACUUCUUGAAGUUCCAGGUGGAGACAUUGUUUUAUAUUUUCUAUAGCAUGCCGAAAGACGAAGCCCAAUUAUAUGCUGCAAAUGAACUCUACAACCGAGGCUGGUUUUUCCACAGAGAGCACCGGCUGUGGUUCAUAAGGGUUGCUAACAUGGAGCCACUUGUUAAGACAAACACAUAUGAGAGAGGAUCUUAUCUUUGUUUUGACCCGAACACAUGGGAGUCAGUCCGAAAGGAUAAUUUUGUUCUCCAUUAUGAGCUGUUGGAAAAGAAACCACCUCUACCGCAACAUUAACAUAUAUUCCCAGUUUACAAUGUAAAGUUCUAACUUUUUUAAGUUUUAUGGAACCCAUUCAUUAGAUCGGAAGUCAGUUUGUAGCUUUAAUGUUCCUUCAAUUUGGCAAUUGUAAGCAAUUGGUGCAUCAAUAUUUAUUGCGUUGAUAAGUUAUUUUAGUCUCGUUUUGCUUUUC